AUGCCAGACAACACGACUAUCGUCUAUUACAUCCGCCUGGCUGCAUCUUUCAAUCGUUUUAUACCUAUACCUCUCUUAGUCUUCGGUACGAUUGGCAAUCUAUUCAGCAUUAUCAUAUUAGCACAAAGAGCACUGAGAAACAAUUCCUGCGCGUUCUAUUUCCUUUCUGCGUCAAUCGCUAAUAUGUUUUGCCUAUGGUGUGGUCUUCUAACAAGAUUACUUUCCGGUUACAGUCUUGACCCAACUUUAUCGAAUAUUUAUGUUUGUAAAUUUCGUUACUUUGUUACAUAUAUGUGUUUAGCGUUGAGCGCAUUGUUUCUCGUCUAUGCUAGUAUUGAUCGUUGGGCAUCGUCGAAUACAAACGUACAUAUACGUGCAUUUAGUAGAAUAUCAGUUGCUCAUCGUAUGAUUUUCUGGACUGUUCUUUUCUUUUGUCUGCUCUACUGUCAAGCAUUUUAUUGUUAUACUAUAGUUACCACUCAAUUUCCAUUGAACUGCUUUUGUCCGAAUACAGUUUGCCAGAUGUUCAAUGACAUAUUGUUUUUGAUACUUUUUUCGAUCAUUCCGCCGAUUUUAAUGAUAACAUUUGGUUGGUUGACAGUAAAAAAUGCGCAAAAGAUCCGUCAACAUGUCAAUCCGGUUACAGUUCAAAGUCGACAUCGAUAUCAUCUAAUAAGAAAACGAGAUCGACAAAUGAUCACUAUGCUUUUAAUUCAAAUUAUUGUAUUCUUCAUUUGUGUUACACCUUCGGGUAUAUCAAAAGGUUACACAACAUUUACAUUCAAUCGGAUGAAAACGUCACUAGAUGUAACAAUAGAAAACUUCUAUUUUCAAAUUUCCGCACUUAUACUAUAUAUUAAUUGCUGCUGUGCGUUUUACAUUUACACAUUAACGGGCACGAUCUUUCGGCAAGAACUACAACGCUUGUUAUAUAAACUCUAUUUAUUCACUAUUCAAAUCGUAAAUUAUUUUGUUGAUAAUCAUCAUUUGGGAACUGUGUAG